AUGGGAUGCUUUUUGAGCCCUACCAAGGGUGUAAAAGCAAGAGGAGAACAAGGAAAGGGGGCAGAAGAUCAGAAGACGGAAAGAGGGCUGUAGCACUAGGUGUGCCAAGCCUGCUGGGGAGGAACAAAGGCUGUUCCCCGACUCUUCGUGUACCGCUCGGUUCUUUCCCCAGUCAAGAGCUAUAAUGCUGGCUGUACACUUGCUGCAACACUUUACAUGUAUUCCCAGCAGUGAGACUGCUGGAUUAUAUGGUAAUUUUAUUUUUAAUAUUUUAAGCUGCCAUACUGUUUUCCUCAGCCACUCAAUAUUCUUUUACCUUUUUAAUAUGAAAUAUAUUUUUUACCAACUUUGGGACUUAUUGACCAUGAUUCUACCUUAGUGUUGGUAACAUUUUUAGGUAAUAUUCACGUGGAAAGACUUGCUGGUUUGGACUUACUUGGAUUCCCUCCCCAAUGUCCCUGCCUGGAGUGAGUCACCUACUAAGAGCAAAAAGAAGCCAAGGCGAGAAUCGAAACCUAAGGAAACAUCAUAGAGAAAGAAGCCGGUUUCAGGGCUCAGAACCCUUUCUUCAUCCAUUCCUUCACUGUGAAAUCCUGAGUCCUUUCUCUAAAGAAAGGAGUUUAUCUGAAAGUUCCUCUGCCUGCUUUUUGACAGCAGGACUGAUAGGCUUUUCAAUCCAGAACUUCUUUUGGGGGUGCCUAGAAAGAGUCACAGCAGGAACAGCUGAUGGAAAGACCUGACCCACCGGCCCCUCCUGCGCAUGCGCACGCGACAGCGGCCCGGCCGCACCGGGUCUGGUCUGCAGACCCUCGUUCAGCGCCCAGUUGGCGUCCAGUCUAUGGAGGAGGAGCCCCCACGGGUGGACGGAGAACCCUCUACGCUACGGGCACCAUGGCCACGCCAGCCGCACUGCGGAGCCUGGAAGAAGAGGUGACCUGCUCCAUCUGCCUCGAUCACCUGCGGGACCCCGUGGCCGCUGAGUGCGGCCGCGUCCUCUGCCGCCUGGGGGCCGCCCGCGCCUGCGAGAAGCCGUUCAGGAAGGAGCACGUCCGCCCCGUGUGGCAGCUGGCCAGCCCGGUGGAGAACAUCGAGCGGCCGAAGGCGCACGAGGGCCGGCGCCGGGAGCCGCAGGGCGCGAGGGCGCGCGGCUGCUGCGCUGCUGUGCGGGCGUCCCGGGCACCGGCCCCCGCGGCCGUGCUGGUGGAGAAGGCCGCACAGCCCUGCCAGGAAAAAAUCCUGAACCACCGGAGUGCCCUAAGGAGGGACAGAGAGAAAAUUCAGGGCUUCCAGGCCAAGGGAGAAGCUGACAUCCUGGCAGCACCGGGCCACCGCCCGCGGGAGGACGCGCUCGGGCUGGCAGUGGCCGCCCCAGCUCUGGUCGGCGUCCGGCAGCUGCUGCUCUUCCGCCAGGUGGCGGAGGAGGCCUGGCUUCAUUCUUCUCGUAGAGAGGGGAGAAAGACACGGUUUCCUGAGGGCCGAGGGAAGCCGCAGCGCCUGGCCAGAGGGAGCUGGCUCCGGAUGAAGCUCCAGGACCAGAGGCGGCACAUCGUGGCAGAGUCUGCGCAGGACCACCAGUUCCUGAGGGAGCAGGAGCAGCACCUGCCAGACCAGCUGGCGGAGUUGAAGGCCAUGGGGAGCUCGCCUGGCUGGCCCUGGCCAUCUCCCAGCUGGAGGGCCAGGCGCAGCAGCCGCGGCCGAGCUCCCAUAGAUGAGAGGCGCUCCCGGGCAGCAGUCCAGAUGACCAAGGGGAGCAUCAGGAAUUACCUGAAAAAGAGGACUGCUGCCCAGAAUAUGGAGAAGCUGGAACAGAGUUACCGGGGGAUUGUGAUCCAUGACAGUGACGAUGGGUUGGACCCAGAGAUAGAAGCAGCUUAUGAAAAGUUUCAUUUGGAAUCAGAGAAUUACAUGAGCGUCACCCUGGACCCGAGGUCGGUCAGCGGGCACCUGCAGCUGGCGGGCGCCGGCAGGCGCGGCCUGCAGCAGCCUGUGCCAGGGCCCUGCCCGCGCCCCCAGCAGCUCCGCCGGGAGCCGGGCGUGCUGGGCAGCAAGGUCACCUGGGACAAGGUCUGCUGGGAAGUGGAGGUGCAGCGCGAGGGCUGGUCUGAGGACGGAGGAGGCGGGGAGGAGACAGAGGAGGAGGAGGCGGAGGAGGAAGAGGAGGCCGGCUACGGGGAUUGAUAUGACAACUGGGAAACGGACGAGGACGAGGAGUCCUUGGGUGAGAAGGAGGAAGAGGAAGGAGAGGAGGAGGUUCUGGAAAGCUGCAUGGUGGGGUGGCCAGGGGCUGUGAAGAGGAAGGGGCCUCUCCCUGGGCGGAGGGCGGUGUGGACGCUGCGCCUGUCCUCCUCGGGCAUCCAGGCCAACACCAGCCAGGCUGAGCUCUUCUGGCGCUGCGGCCGGAGAGUGGGCGUCGCUCUGGAUUACGAAGGGGGCACCGUGACUUUCACCAAGGCAGAGUCGCAGGAGCUCAUCUACACCUUCACUGCCACCUUCCCGCGCCUGGUCCCCUUCCUGUGGCUUAGGUGGCCAGGAACGCGCCUCGUGCUGAGCCCCUGAGCCCCACACCUGCCUGCGGCCGCACCCACAAACACUUCACGUCUCUGGAGUUCCAGAACUCUCUGACGGGGCAGGGGCCCUGGCCUGGGCACCCGGGGGAGGUGAGAGGAGGGACCCCACGUCCACUGCCAGCGCCUCCCCAGCGCCGGCCAGACCUCGCUCCGUGCCGCCGCUCCGUGUGUGCUGCCCACCGACCGCCCACUCCCGCUGGGUCGGGGGAGACUCGGGGCUCCUUCCCUGUUUGCCCACUGCCUUGGUCCGCUCUGCGCUUUCUCCGCGAACCGGGGCGGAGGCGGCGUUCCCGGCCGGCCGGCCCGCAAGACCCGGGGAGGACCUCAGGGCGCCUACGCGGCUCGCUGCCCUCAGACCAGCGUUCCGCCUUGCCCAGAUCUCUGCUGCCCCUUCCCUGGCAUUUUACACAGGCCUGCCCCGGCCCACCUCAGAGUUAAGCAUACCUGAAAACCCUGAAAAUAAGCAGUGAACAUCCGCUGAGCCUCCGAGAGCGCUUGAGGCCGGAGCGCCCGUGGAAACCCCCUGGCGCUGCCCGAGCAUUGUUCCCGCUCCUCCGACACGGGCGCGCGCUCCCUCGGCGGUCCCCGACCGUCAUGGCCUUGGGGGAGGACCUAGAUACGUGUGGCUUUGGGCUAACAGCUGCGAUCAGUGGUCAAUAAGUUGUCUCCCUGGCUUGUUCCUUGCAAGGGGAGUUUUUACAACAAUCUAGCAUGUCCCGCUCCUGACCAGCACAUUUAAGAAGACCCGGCAAUAUCUGGUGCAGCAAAAGCCCCUCUGCAUCCGGGAGGGUACUGAGCCCCUGUCCCCGGCCCUAGCCAGCACUGAGGUUCCACUUUCCUAAGAGGGAGUGGCGUUGGGCAGCCAGCAGUGUGGGAGAGGAGAGGAGGGCGGCAGGGCUGUUGGGAGGAGGGCGGUGUCCCGACCCGGCCUCGGUGCGGGUGAGCUCCCUGCUCCGGGCACAUUGACGCCAGCCUCGUCCUUACCGUCGCAAGCCCUCUGCCGCCCGCUCUAGGAGAACUCCCACAGCUCUGGGUCUUGGUGGCUGCUUAGCCACCACACUGUCUUGGAGUUGCCCACUUUGUGUGUGUCACAUACUGCUUGAGUGACAUCUGCAUCUUACCUCUGCCUCCUGGUUUUGAGAGCUCCUAGCGGGCAGACACCAAACCUUACCUUGCAUCUUCCACGGCGCCUGGUGCAGUGCUGGGCACGGGGUAAGUGCUCAAUAGGGACUUGUUGAAGGAACAGCCUGCAGAUACACAUGUACAUACACAACUCAGAUGUCACCAGACCUUCUCAAUCUGGGUACAAAGAGGUUCCAUUGAUAGUAGCAGCCCAGGGUUUUUCUUCUAUGUCUAGAACUCUGGGACUUGGCUUUCUGUCCUCUGUUUACAUACAUGUUGUCAUUUCUGGAAGUCCCCAGGAAAGAGCCUCCCAUGGGAGCAGACCAGCCAUCACGUGGCCCACCACUGCCUCCCUCCUGCUGUGGAGCCCCUGGGCUGAGGGCCAGUACCCUGGAGCACACCAGAGCCUCCCAGGGAGGGGCGACACCCAGCAUCCUUCCUUGGAAAACAAGCAGUGUCCCGAGGACACAGAAUUAUAGAGAUUCAAUCUUGUGUCCGAAUACUUUCCACUGUUUAACCAUUUCUACAAUGUCCUUUCUGAUUUUUAAAAAAUUGCCACCUUAAAGAUGGAAAAGGGCGAUCGUACAAAACUACCUCUAAGAUUAUACUAGAGGCAAAGAGCAUAUUUCCACCCUGUAUUCUCUUUGUGGACUCAUUUAAGUUUUUUAUUUAUAUUUUUUAUAUUCAUAUUUUUUAGUUAUUUAUGAACUAUGCUUACACAUAUGGUUAACUAUUUCUACAGUGCUUAUUACAAAAAAGAACAUUCCCUGCCCCAUUCCUGUCCCUAGAGACCCAGUUCACCCUUUUUGGCAGACUAUUUUGCUGUUUACCUUCAUUCUUUCUAAAUAACUUGAGUUUGGGGUGUAUCCUCUGCUUUCCCGCUGUGGAGAAGGAAGAUUUCUGUCCCUCUCUUCCCACCCGUUCUCCUCCUUUGACUGUGGUCCUACUGGUUAGGUACUCAGUAUGCUAAUUAUUACCUAAGUAAAAGCUGUGUAUAGCUGGGCUGUGCAUCCAGCCAUGAUUACUUUUCCUUCCCGCACAACAAUUUGUCUUCCCUGGAGUUAAUAAUUGCUUCUCCCCCUAUUUUGCUUCAUUUCCUGUGCCCUGAACUCUUCACCAGCUGUCGGAAACCUCCAGAUGUUCAGCACCAGGUGCACGUACCAGCGUUUUCUUAGUGUGACUCUGCUGAAGGCCCCUGACCAGGACUCUGGAACAGCUGCUUCCUCACCUGUGCAAGGUUUUCCAGACCUCCCUGCAUCGUACUGGGGUCCCCUGUUGCUUCUGUUUCUUUAUCCUAUGGUUUUGCUCUUCUUAAUUUACUUCAUUUUGGUGAAACAUCAUCCAGUAGCCUCCUGAGAAAUGGUGCAUGGAGGUUGACUUUUUAAAAUAAUGAGUAUCUGGAAAUAUCUUUAUCCCACUUUCAUACUUAAUAGGUUCACUGAGUAUAGGAUUCUUGGUUAGAAAUAAUUUUCCUUUGGAAUUUCAAAGGUAUUUUUCCGCUGCCUUCUUGCUUCUAUUGUUGUUGGUGGUAUUUUUGUGGCACUGUUAUUUCAAAUCCUUGGCAUAUGGCUUGUUUUACUGGAAGUUUUUGGGUCUUAUCUAUAUUCUCACUCUUAGAUUUCUCAAUGUCCUUCAUAUGAAGUUUUUCCUCCAUUGUGUUGAGUAACUCAGUGGAUUCUUUCAUUCUAGAAAUUCAUAAGCUUUCGGUUCUAGGAAAUUUCAUCUAAUUAUUUCUUGAUGAUUUUUUUCAUCUUCAUUUUAUCUGUUCUCUCAAAUCCCUUAUCUCCAGCCUUCAUGCAUCCCCUGAACUCAUUCA